UAUAGUUUGACGAUCGUGUUGUAGCAUUUGAUAACCAUAUGCACAAUACAGAACAACUUGAGCUGGCGAUUCAUUGGUUUCAAGCUUCUUGGAAUAUUUUCACUUUCUCUAAUUUAAAUCUGGAAACUACAGUUGACUUUGAUAUAUUCUCUUUUGAUUUCUAUGACUCCCUCAUUCAUAUAUCUUUCUUUCCACUCUGCUGUUUCAUCCAUUGAGCUUCAUCUCCAGUAACAUUCAACUUGUCCAUUACAAAGAAGAUUACGUUUUCCCACACUAAUUAAUAUAUUCCAAGAAGAGGCAUUUUGCUUAAUACAUUUGAGUCCAAGAUGUUACCUACCACAAUUGAGUUGUCAUCAAAGUCAACGGUGGUCUUUGAGGAAGAGGAACAAGUGGUGAUGGAGAAAAUUCUCCGCGGAACAGAUCAGCUGAGCGUUAUCGCGAUUGUUGGUAUGCCUGGACUCGGUAAGACAACUCUUUCCAAAAAGUUAUACCACCAUGAAAACAUAGUAAAUCGAUUUGAUGUUCGUUCGUGGUGUACUUGUGCCUCUCAAGUCUAUGACAAGAGAAAAUUAUUGCUUGAAUUGUUGGAUUAUGAAUUUAAACGCCAUGUUGAAAUUGAGAGGAGUAAUGAUGAAUUAGUCCUACAAGUGCAAAGGUGUUUGAAGAAAAGGAGAUACUUAAUAGUUAUAGAUGAUGUAUGGAGCACUGCUAUAUGUGAUGACUUGGUCAGUUUUUUUCCAGAUGAUAACAACAGGAGUAGAAUAAUUGUAACUUCCAGGCUUAAUGAACUGUCUAAUUCUUCUGUAAAUUACUCGUUUUGCUAUACUCAUCGUCUUUCUUUUCUCGCAGAAGAUAAAAGUUGGUUGGUAUUAAGGAACACAGUAUUUAAUAAGGACGAAAGCUGCCCUCAAGAACUUGAGGAAAUAGGGAAGGAGAUAGCAAAAUAUUGUGCAGGAUUGCCUCUUGCAAUUGUUUUAAUAGGAGGUCUUCUUGCAAGAUUGGAUAAGAAAAAAGGCUAUUGGAUUAAAGUUGCUAAAAGGUUAAGUGUAAGUGCAGAAGUGGCUGGUGAAGUAGAGUGGUAUAUGGAUAUAAUAGAGUUAAAUUACAAGCAUUUUCCACAUUGUUUAAAGCAAUGCUUUCUUUACUUUGGUUUGUUUCUUGAGGAUGAGGAAGUUUCAGUUAAGAAGUUGAUAAGAUUAUGGGUUGCUGAAGGUUUUGUACAGAGUAAUGAGGUGAAGAUUGCAGAGAUUGUCGCGGUGGACUAUUUGAUUGAUCUUAUUACAAGUAAUCUUGUCAUGGUCGCGCAAAGAUUUCCACUUGGUGACAUAAAAGCAGUUCGUCUUCAUGAUUUGGUACAAGAUUUUUGCUUGAAUAAAGCUAAAGAAGAGAAUUUUUUGCUGAAAGUUGAUCGAUCCCAAGCUUUUGAUCCUGCUAUUUCUAAUUCAGCGAGUGAUGUACAAAGGUUCCUAGUUUACUCUAAAAUGCAGCACUUUAUCAAGUGGCUUCAUCCAACCCAACGCAUCAAUACUCUGAGGUUAUAUGCCCAAAACAUUAACGAAUUUUACCAUUUAACUGACGGUGAAAUGAGCAAAUGCAUCACAACAAGUGGAGCUUUCAGUUCAAAUUUGUUCAGAUCAUCACUUACAGUACUGGACUUGGAGAACGUUGUGAUUGAUGCUUCAGCUCUCGAGGACAUAACAUCCUUAAUUCACUUGAGGUACUUGUCAAUUUUCGGUAAUUUUAGUGAAAUUCCACCAGCUAUAUCGAAACUUACAAACCUGGAAACAUUAGUCGCGACACCAAGAAGUGGUACCUUAACUCUUCCGGGGUCUAUAUGGGACAUGAUAAACUUAAAACAUAUGAAUACAAGUGAAGCAAUGAUACAUUUCAACGGCGUUGAGACUGUAAAGGAAUUCAUUUUCAAGUUAGAGAAAUUAGAAAGCUUUUCGAAAGUAGUCAUAGUAAAUGAUGAUGAUCUAUGUGAAAUGUGCAACAGAGCACCAAACUUAGUCCAACUUGAACUUAUAAUUUUGGAGCAAUGUGGCUCUUUUUUCAGCUCUCUCAAGUGUUUAAUAUAUUUAGAAACACUAAGUAUCUAUCGCUGUGGCGAUUUUGCAAUGAGUGGAAUUAACAUGUUCUUCCCUGAAAGCCUAAAAGAGCUAACUCUAUCUAGCUGUUGCAUAUCAUGGGAUGAAAUUUCAGCAAUUGGUGCAUUAUACAACUUAGAGGUGCUCAAUCUUCUUUCUUCCUUCACUGGGAGAAAAUGGACAGUUGGUGUUGGGGGUUUUGUUAACCUUAGGCUAUUGAAGAUAGAACAUAAUUCUAUCAAAAAUUGGAAUACGUCAGUUGAUUCAUUUCCCUGUCUUGAGCAAUUGGUGUUGCGUUGGUGCGAUAGACUUGAGGCGAUCCCUGAGAGUUUUGGGUGCAUGCCUUCACUGCAGAAGAUUGAGGCACUUGCUUGUUGCCCCUCUGUCGGGAAAUCUGCUGUGAAAAUUAGGAAUAUGCAGAGGGAUGAUAUGAAAAAUUCUGACUUCAGAGUCAUCAUAUCUUUAAAUUAGCGUUGAUCUUUUUUCCUCUUAUUUUCGGUCAUUUUAAAGUCAACCCACGCAUUCUGAUUCACUUUACCCAAUAAAGGGCUGUUUGAAAUAGAGAUUGCUGCUUCCACAAUCCGACCUUCCUAAACACUUCUUUUCUUGCUGCACAUUUUCUCGUGUUUUUAUGUGUUGUUCUCUUGAGUUAGAUCUUUCACUGCUAGCUAUUUUGCUUGAAGAUUUAAUGUAGUCUUAUGAAUUUGAAUUC